AUGUCGCUUGUUGUCUCGGAGCCCGUCGUAGUGCUCGGCGUUGAUCUAGGGAAGCCGGGAGUCGAGUUACUUGGACGUCAUCGAGACAUCGGGGAAUUCAGUCACUCUUGCUGGGAGUAUGAGCUCAUGGGGUAUCAUCUGAUUGGUACUCCUGAGCAAUUCCUGAGUAAGAUGAGUCUGUCCAGGAAGAUGCAAACCGAAGCGGCGCCUGUUUUCUACGGCGCGAACACUCUCAAAUUCUACGGAGCAGACGAUUUGGUGAACUUCACGCUGAUCACGAGCAUGGAACAUAUGAGACACCUCAAAAAAGUGGAAGUGGUGGCUGAGAUUCGCGGGAGCUGCUGCACUGAUCAGACUGGGCCCCUGAGCUCUGCCGUCGCCGCCAUAGCCAGCGUGGCGAACCUUGAGAAGAUUACCAUCAUCAUAGGCGGCUACUAUCUGGUAAGGGACUGCUGCAAUGACAGCGUUGUUCCACCGCUUGCCGCGCCUGACGCCCCAUACCUCACUGCGCUCGCACCACUCGCAGCCAAAGCCAAGGAGCUGGAGUUCUGUGACAAGUUCGAGCCCUACGAAUACCAUAUAUAUCCGGACUGGGAUAGUCUCUCCGACUCGGCAAAAGCGCUACUUUUGAAGGAAGUAGAGCGGCUCAAGGUCGAGAGGGCUGAACGCAUUCAAGAGGUCGAAGAACCUGGGGAAGGACAUUCGGUGCACAACGAUGCUCUAGAGAUUCAGUAUACUCAGCGGGUCCAGGAAAUUCAACAAGAUCAAGAAGUUCCAGUCGUCUUAGAAGCCGACGGAGAAGAGAAAGGAGGGGAAGAGCUCGACGAAACUCGGGACAAGCAGGGUCGGAAGUCGAAGAGGAGUUGCGUGGUGCAGUGA